CCUCGACCUUAAUAGGUCUUGGCCUUGGUCUUAUUUGGCGCGUUGCCAACAUCGAAUCCUCACAUUUGCAGCCAUCCUAAAAUGUCAUAGACGAAUUGAAUGCGAUUCAAGAUGGAUGCUAAAAGCUCUGCUCAAUCGUUCCUUUCGUCCUAUGCGCCGCGCCUGCGCGUUUAUAACAAUUCUCUUCUCUCUCCCGUAAUUCAUUCUGCUGCACCGACCGGACCUGUAUCGCGAACGACGAAGCGUGGCACCACCGUAAUUAACUAUGCCGAGGAUGGUUACGACUACGACGAUGACGAUGACGAUGACUCUCGAAGACGGCCGACAGGCUUGCGCAGCUUAAGACGCGAGGACAGCGCAUCCAGAAUAGAUCCGGGCGACAAGUUCGGGAAAGAGACCAACACACCGGUGGAAGUUCAGGGCAUUUGGAGAGAUUGGUUUGUGAAAAAUAAACUGAAAUCUGAUCUUAGUGGCCAGGCCCAAGCUUUACUACCCGUCACACUCAUUCCCAUUCGAAUUGAUGUCGACAUUCCUGCAUUCAUACCUUCGGCACCAUUCCCAAUCCCACGAGGCCUUACUCAACCUCCUCCACAUAUAGACCCAGCGUUGUAUCGAACAGGAGAGAUGACGGUCCCAUACAAGCUGAGAGAUAUCUUCUUAUGGAAUCUACAUGAGACUAUGAUGACGACGGAUCAAUUUGCCCUCAAUCUCGUCCAGGAUCUAGAUCUUCCCAAUGCUGCUGCUAUUGCUGCCGAGAUCAGCAAGCAGAUCAGAACUCAAUUAGAAGAGUAUGCCGGCGUUGCGCUUCAUCCUCUCUUCCAUUCAGAAGAGAAGGCGCCUAUGAAUGGCAUGGGACUUGCCCCUCCGUCCAGUUUCCGCGAUACUCCAGCCACACCUGCCACUCCUCUUCCCAUCUCGAUGCGUGGCCCCGAAACGCCUUUCCGAACUGGCCCAGACACAGGUGUUGAUACUCCGAGGGGUGGCCGUCUCCAGGUUAACGAGAUAACAGCCAGUGCCACACCAAUCCCUGCCGACUCUGAUGAAUUGAACCCCGACGACACUUACCGAUGCAUUGUUUCCCUAAACAUCAACCUCUCUUCUCAACUUUACACCGACAAGUUCGAAUGGUCGUUAUUGCACCCGCCCGGUACUGCUGAGGCGUUCGCCAAAAUCACGUGUUCUGAUCUAGGCCUUUCUGGGGAGUGGGUGCCAGCUUUAACCCAUGCGAUCUAUGAGGCGGUAUUACGUCUCAAGAAGGAAGCAUGUGAGGCUGGUGGUUUAGUGGCAGGAUGGGGUGGAAUCGGUACUGAAUUUCCUAACGACGCCGCUCAUGGCGGUGAUGCCGGCUGGCGAUACGACCACGAACACCUUGGAGAUGAAUGGGAGCCAAAGAUCGAAGUACUUUCUAAGGAAGAGAUUGAGAAGCGUGAAGUCGACAGAGAACGACAGAUCCGCCGUCUCCGCCGAGAGACAGCACGAUUCAGUAGCAAUGCUGGUAUGAUAGGUGGCGUGCCUGGUUUGGGCACUGAAGUCGAAGAGGAGAGAAUGGGACGCGGAGAACGAUCGAAGAAGAAGCGUAGAUUCCGAAGUCUAAGUCCACUAGGCCGAUCUGGUACACCGGGCGGUAGAAUUACACCGGACGUGGGAUACGGCGGAGGCGGCGGCGGCACACUCGGCGACCAAGAACGGCAGGGCUGGCGUUGCACCCAUUGUCGUAUCUGGGGUACCAGUGUAUGGGCUGUCAGAGAUGGACCGUGGGGUCCUAGGUCUCUCUGCGCCAACUGCGGCCGACUCUACGAACAGACGAAGAUGCUGCCUCGAUCGACGAAGAAUCUACAUCAUGCAGACAUGCGUCCAUUUUAGGAAUCUGAGACUGAUGCUCUGGCUGAUGUGCGGACCGACAUAAAGAAGCGAAAACGAAGCAGGGGAAAAGUGAAUGGAGUUCCUGUUAUGGCGGAAACACCCAAGAGAGCCAAGAGAGCUAAGAGAGCCCGGAAAACAACUUAAAAGAUCGCGGUUGCAUUCACGACAUCAGGCGUUUCUAGGCGGGAUUGCGUAUAUCAUGAGGGUUCCUUUGUCUUGCUUUUCUCACCUGCCAGGAGUCGUUGGCUACGGUGUAUACCACUUGACGCACCGCCUCGCGCGAACAUGCGGGUGGUUAAUCUCUAUCUACAGGUUGCUUCUGUGCUUUGUAUACUAACUAACUACCUAGGUA